GUACUAUGACGUGUAACAUGUGCGACGCCGACAAACCAAACAGACUCGAUAUCAAGCAGUUAUGGGUCAAAGUCAGAGUGGAGGACAUGGCCCUGGGGGUGGGAAGAAAGAUGACAAGGAUAAGAAAAAGAAAUAUGAACCACCAAUCCCGACCAGGGUUGGAAAGAGGAAAAAGAAGAGUAAGGGACCUGAUGCUGCUAGCAAGCUACCUCUUGUAACUCCCCACACACACUGCAGGCUGAAGCUGCUGAAGCAGGAGAGGAUCAAAGACUACCUUCUGAUGGAGGAGGAGUUCAUCAGGAACCAGGAACAGAUGAAGCCCCUCGAGGAGAAACAGGAGGAGGAGAGGUCAAAGGUCGACGACCUGAGAGGAACCCCCAUGUCAGUGGGAAACCUGGAGGAGAUCAUCGACGACAACCACGCUAUCGUUUCCACCUCCGUUGGCUCCGAGCACUACGUCAGCAUCCUGUCCUUCGUGGAUAAGGACCUGCUGGAGCCGGGCUGCUCGGUUUUGCUGAACCACAAGGUCCAUGCUGUCAUAGGGGUCCUGAUGGACGACACAGAUCCCCUGGUGACGGUGAUGAAGGUGGAGAAGGCCCCGCAGGAGACCUACGCCGACAUUGGUGGACUGGACAACCAGAUCCAGGAAAUUAAGGAGUCUGUGGAACUCCCUCUGACCCACCCGGAGUACUAUGAAGAGAUGGGCAUCAAGCCUCCUAAAGGGGUCAUUCUGUAUGGCGCACCUGGCACAGGGAAAACCCUAUUGGCGAAGGCGGUGGCGAACCAGACAUCAGCGACAUUCCUGCGUGUGGUGGGCUCGGAGCUGAUCCAGAAGUACCUUGGAGACGGUCCCAAGCUGGUCCGAGAGCUGUUCCGGGUGGCCGAGGAACACGCUCCCUCCAUCGUCUUCAUUGACGAGAUUGACGCUAUUGGGACUAAGAGGUAUGACUCUAACUCGGGAGGGGAGCGAGAGAUCCAGAGGACCAUGUUGGAGCUGCUCAACCAGCUGGACGGUUUUGACUCUAGAGGAGAUGUCAAGGUCAUUAUGGCAACAAACAGGAUAGAGACAUUGGACCCUGCACUCAUCAGACCAGGCCGUAUUGACCGUAAGAUAGAAUUCCCCCUGCCAGAUGAAAAGACCAAGCGGAGGAUCUUCCAGAUCCACACCAGCAGGAUGACUGUGGCAGACGAUGUGACCCUGGACGAACUGAUCCUGGCCAAGGACGACCUUUCUGGAGCUGACAUCAAGGCUAUUUGUACAGAGGCAGGGCUGAUGGCUCUGAGAGAACGCCGGAUGAAGGUUACCAACGAGGAUUUCAAGAAGUCCAAGGAGAAUGUUUUGUACAAGAAACAGGAAGGGACCCCGGAGGGACUGUACCUCUAACCACAAGGGCCACACUUACCUCAGCAACCACCCUAUUCUUUAGCUUACUGCUUGAUCUACUAGGAAAGCUUUUCGUAUUUGUUCAUUGUAUCUCUGGACUAGAUAUCGCUAGCUGUUUGCUAUUCAUUAAUGUCGCUGUAAAAUAAAAGUUGGCUUUCUGAACUAA